AUGUUGCCUGGGAACAGAGCCUUCAAGAGGAAAGCAUCCAGUCCAGAUGUUCUAGCAGCCGUUACUGAAUUCAUGGUAGCCAAAUACCCGUCAUCUCGACCCAUUGACCGUGCCCGUAUUAUAGGCGUUGGCGCCUUUAACUUCUGCUACCGUAUGGAGUUUAAUGAUGGGUUUGCUUCUCUUCUGCGCUUUGCAUCUCCGGGCCGAAGCUUGUUUCCAGAAGAGAAGACCGAAGCAGAGGUUGCUGUUAUGCGCUUCAUCAAGGAAAAUACCAGAAUUCCCGUCCCGACCAUCCUUGACUGGGGAAUGCAAGGCCCCUGUGAUAUGGGCCCGUAUAUCCUGAUGGAGUUUAUCAGUAGUUCAUCCAACCUGACGGCAAAGUUGAGGAAACCCGGAUUUGCUAGAGAGGACCGUCCUAUACUCGACCCUAACAUCGAUGAAUCAAAGUUAGAGCUCUUAUAUGGGCAGAUGGCAGAUAUCAUGCUUCAGCUGUCAAGGUGUUCCCAUAGCAAGAUAGGCUGCCUGAGUGCUGAGUCUGACGGCCAGACUAUCACAAAACGUCCCUUGACGAUGAAUAUGAACGAGCUCGUCCAACUCGGCGGUUACCCCAGGGCUGACCUACCGUCAUCCCCUUUUAUAUCCACAUCCGAUCAUUUUUACAGCCUCGCUAAAACUCAUUAUACACACCUAUCGACACAGCGCAACGAUGCUAUUCAGUCGGAGGAGGAUUGCCGCAACAAAUACACCAUCAGAAAGAUACUGCUCAAGCUCGCAGGGCAGUCAAAAUUCACGCAUGAGGAUGCUCUGGAUCGCCGCGAAUUCAGGCUUUUCUGUGACGACCUCCGGCCAACAAAUGUACUUAUUGACGAGAACUUCAAGGUCGUCGCUGUGAUUGACUGGGAAUUCACGUAUGCUGCACCCUCUGAAUUUACAUACAGUCCUCCAUGGUGGCUGCUUCUUGAAACACCAGAAGACUGGCCGUCAGGCAUAUUAGAUUGGGCCAAGACUUACGAUUCACGGCUCAAGAUCUUUCUACGAGCGAUGGCGUGUCAUGAAGAUAUCGCGAUCCAGGAGGGGCGGUUAUCCGACGGGGAGCGACUCUCUGAAAGGAUGUCUGAUAGCUGGAAGAGUGGUGAUUUCUGGGUUUACUACGGUUUACGGAAGAGCUGGGCUCUAGAUAUCGUCUGGCCCUUCAUUGACCAGGCGAUAUAUGGUGGAGAACAGACACACGAGCAGAGAGUAGCCUUGCUUGCGGAUAGAAUCAAAUUCACCGACAACGAGCGUAAGGAAAUGGACGCCUUCGUUCAACAAAAGCUAAGGCAAUCUGAGCCUGGAGCGCAAAGUAAUGUGCCCGGCACCUAA